GUCCGUUAACGGCUGGUUAACCAACUGUUAACGGCUGGUUAACCAACUGUUAACGGCUGGUUAACCAACUGUUAACUAACGGUUUGGUAGGCAAAACCUCAGCUACCAACGACGCUUUCCUGGACAACUCAGCUCUAUCCACUUGAAGCCAUAUAUAUUACAGCCAUCGGGCGGCGUGUUCCUUCUAGUGUAUGUAUUGAUUUCUACAAGUCUAGCUGCUUUCUCUAUGAAAUCUAAUCAUACCGCUGGACACGUCUUGAAAUCGACAUAUGAGAUGGGUGAUGAUGCUGGCCUAGAUUUGGGGCUCUCCAGUUCCCAAGCUGGACCUGAAGAGGGCGAGCCAGGUCUUCCUCCCGAGAAUUUCCAACCCUACCUCCGCAAUCCGAAGAAACGGGUACGACCGAAGCGCGAUCAGCACGCCGAAGCCGUCAGCGAGAACGAUGCUCGAGUUGCGAAGCUGUCUAGAUCAAUAAGAUGGAAUCAUUUCUUUUUCCACAGCUGUUUUGAGGAGGACAAAUUGAUCCAGAACGUGUACGGAUCUGUGACGGCAGACGACGUCGAAUGGCGAGAGGCGCAUGGUUUCAUUCAUGCCUGGUCCAAAUGUUUCAAAUUUGAGACCAUCAGGAACAUGAAGGCUAGCUAUACGUCUUACUGAGUUGUUCUUUGGCUUAUUUCGCGUAGAAUCACGUUGAACAACUUAUCGAAGAGGAUACAGUCGCGGCAUUAAUUGCAGUAGAUAAAUUUGCCAACUAUAUCGAGUUGGAGUCUGUUUUUUCGUCGGUCAAUUUCUUUAACGUUUUCACCUAUAUGCAUGAAUAUCUGGAU